AUGCCAGUCGUUCUUCAACCAGAGACGUCACAGGUGGACGGUCCUCUUCAGCUUUCACCUACCUCGUUGCUGGGCGGAGUAGCCCUCGCUAGAACUCUGGACGCGAUUGACGAACACUUCUUAUUCGUACAGCAAAACUUCUUGUUCAUGCGCCCACACGGGCCUUUUAACCAAUAUAACAAGAACUUUGAGUACUUCACUCGAACAAGGAACGAGUCUGGAAGGAAAUUUACAAUCGCGUCCCCUUGGAAUGAUGGAGGGUUCCUCGCGUUCGAAAUAGGUGAACAGCAGACGCCUUCGGACUGGUCCGACGAGGAAAUGGUAAAUGCCGACAAUAUGGCCUCACCAAUAGACAUUUUACGGGCUAGUAUACAGGCUAGGAGACAGGCUAGGAGACAGGCUAGGAGACUAGCCAGCCAUUCCAAAGAGAGCUUCUAUGAUCCUCCUCGUGGAUGGGUUGAUCGCAUUCCGGCCCGCAGUGACAAUCGUCCACCACCCCGUCACGCACGUCGGUUCAAUGUCGAUUCGAUUAUCUCUACCCAAGGCCAAGCGAAUAGAGUCGAUGAAAGCAACCCGUCUCCGUGGAGGCUAGUUCUUCCUCGGGAAACUAGGGCUGAGGCCCUUGCUGAGGCCAUCCUGUAUUUCAUAAGUUACCGCGUGAGAGAUGCUGGGCUAGAGCCAACAGUAAAGGAUGCCGCGGCGUAUUCACAGCUCGACAUCAUGUUGGAUGACAACAUCAUACGCGAGUAUGUGAUAGAUGAUAGUGGUACAGAUGAUAGCACGUCACCUGUUUCCGAUGGGACUAUCGACGCCCCGAGACACAUGCGGCCAUGGGAAGAGUCGUAUAUAUAA